AUGGCACAUUUACAAAUGAUUACGGCUACGGACCAUUUGGAAUCGGGCCUACUAACUCCGGAUUUGACAGCUUUGGUUUCUGGAAAACAAAGUAUACGAACAGUGGCUUAAGUCCACUGUAUACAUGGCAAUCCUAUCGCAAUUAUUACGGCGAAUUUGCUGUACACAAUAAUCGUUACAAUUUUCCAGCACCUGCAGAAUUUGAAAAUCUUCAAGAAGAAAGAUUUGGUUUGUUAAUACAAAAAAAUUUUAUUUCUUUUAGUUAA